UUGGAAGGCCUGCAUCUUUGAAACCUUGCCUCUAUACUCCCUACUUAAUGACAAGCUGUCUAGCCCAAUCCUACAAGAGUCAUAAAGGAGUUCUUCCCUGAGUUUGGCUGUCAGAGCAGAGCCUAUGGACAGCUGCAGGAAGGGGCAGCAGAUGCUACUUUGGGUGUGGCUCAGAGAAGAGACCUAAGCAGACCUGGGAGAGCCCAUUGUGAUAGCACAUGAAGUCACAGCCUGGAGGCAGAAAACUCCAGAUGCUGAGAAGAGCAUCUGGUUGAAAAAUGGCACCAAUUUGGGGUAUGGACAUCCCACUGCCAUCAUGUAUCAACCUUUUAUUCUUAUUUGUUUUUUUUAUUUUGGGGCUUUGGAUGCUGUUUUCUGGGACUCAGAGCUGGAAGCAGGUGCCAGCCAAGAUAAACUCAGAGACUUCAAAGCACCAUAGAUGGAAAAAGAUCCAGAAAUUAACAGAUCCACAGAGGAAAGAAACCCUCGGGAUGGCUUGCAGUGAAGCUAACCUGACAUGUGUUGCAUCCAGUGUUUCAGAACUCCCUGGGAACUGGGAAUAUACACUCUGGUCAAUGAUGCAGACUCUUCAAAAGAUCUCCCAACACCUGAAAAGUGCAAGAUCAAGGCUUAUGGAACAGGAUUUGCUCGAACUACUCUGUUCUUGUGGCUCAGAAGACUGUUCUACACUGUUGUGAUUAUAAGAAAGCAAAACAUUCUACUGACCACAGCAUCUCCUUUAGAUCAUCAUGCAGUAACUCUAGUUGUUCUAAAGGAACAACUUGGGAAUGCCAGAGCCAUAGUUUACCUAUUUCCCACAGAAAGCAGCCAUCUGUGUUUGAGAACCAAGGCACAACCAUGCCUCCUUUUCAGCUAUCAGAGCCCCAGAAAUCAAACCUUUUUCAGAAUUUGACAGAUCUUUCACCCUUACAAUCUCAGAGCCCUUUUAUCAACUCUAUUUCUGAGCCUCUAAAUAUCUGCAAACAAAAAAGGGGAAAAAAAAGAUGAGAGAAGGAGCAAGAGUCAUUUGACAUCAGAUCACGAGCUGAAUUCUGUUUCCAAGGAGAGACCACAACUCCCAAGGUGGGCUCCAUUCAAGCUCUCUCCUUCGGUUAGAAGAAAGCUAAAAAGACAUAUUUCUGAGAAGGCUUUUGCUUUGCAGCAACACACAGUACCUUUACCUGUGAGGAAAUCAUGGGCGAUGCUCAAUUAUUUAACUGAAGUACAAAGAGGAGUCGCUGAAUCAAAUAACCUCCAAACUCAGUUAUCUAUGCCCAUUAAUCAAAGCACUGAGCAAAAUAUUAACAAAAAUUCCCCAGACCUUCCAUCAUUUCCGCUUCAUGUGAAUGCUGAAGUGGGAUCUGGAACAAAUAGCACAGAAACAAACCUUUCACAGUCACUUAUCUCAGGCAAGCAGUUACAACCUGGGGAUGGCCCCCAAAUCCUUGGAUCCAAGCCUUUAGUUACAUCAGUGGGCACUCUACCUCCAAGAAGUUUAGGAGUUAAUGUAAUUGAAGAGGAAAACGCUUUGCUGAAGAAAGAGCCAAAACACAUACUAGAGCUUAGUAUAGAGAAGAGGGUCAUAGGUUUUCCAGAAAAAAGCAUACAGCAGCACAAGACACAAGAGACUAAUGUGGACUUGGUACCAAGUCUACCAUAUCAAGUCAAAGACAGCAUAAAGGUAACUCCAUUGGCAUUACUUCAGGUCAUAGAUUCAAUGGGGAUGAUCCCAGAAUCACAUUCAGAAUCUGUGGGUUUGUUCCCACAGCUGCCAAGUCAAGUUGUGAAACCAAUGGAAACUAUGAAAACAAAGAGCAUAACCCUCAAACCACCAAGUCAAGUCAUUCAGUCAAUGGAGGCAGCCCCAAGGCCAAAGCACCAAGUUGUGGAAUCAGAGAGGAUGGCCACGAGAUUAAUGAAUCAAGUCACAGAUAAAAAGAAAGUAACUCCUGUAGCACUGCUUCAAGUUAUGGAUUCUGUGGGGAAGAUUAAUAAAUCACACCCACAUACAGAAAUAGUGGAACAACUCCAACACCACAAUAUCAAGCCAUAGAGUCAGUGAAGAUGAACACAAUAUUGAACCAUCAAGUCACAAAACCAGAAAAGAUGAAUCAAAGGCCACAACAUGCAGUUAUGGAAACUGUGAAAAUGAUGCCAGGGCCACAGCAUAAAGUCGUGGAAUCAGUUGACAUGACCUCAGGAUCACAAAGUCAAGUCAUGGAACAAGGAAAGACUAUUCCAGGGCCAAUAUGUCAAGGCACAAAAUCAUCGGAAGUGAUCUCAGCACCAUUACCUCAAGUCAUGCAUUGUGUGAGAGUAAUUCCAGUAGCACCAUUACAAGCCAUGGAUUCCACGGGGAUAAUUCCACGAGCACAGCCAUAUGUUACAGAAUCUAGUGGUUUGACCCCAGGUUCACAGUUGCAAGGUAGAAGAUCUGUUCAUCUGGUCCUACCACCAGAGUGUCAAGAUAUAAACACUGUGGAAUUGAAGCUAAGACCACCAAUGGAAGACAAAAAAUCUGCUGAAUUGGCCCCAAAGCCACGGUUACAAGAUGUCAGGUCUCAGAAGAUGGCCCCAGUACUAUUGUUUGAAGAUGUGACAACUCCUCAAAUAGUAAAAUGUAGGAGGUUAAUUCCUGAGACACAUGUGCAAGUUAUGAAAUAUGGGGAACUGACCAAAGGGACACAACUUCAGGAAGUAAAAGCUGCAGAGAUGAGCCCCAAACCAAAUCAUCAAGCCACAGAGCCUCAAAGAGUGACCCUAUGGCAUCAAGCCUCAGAAUCUUUAGAGAUGACCUCAGAGCCAGGAUCUCAAGAAAAAGAAGCAAAGUUGACCUCUGACACUCGUCACCAAGUGCAAAAAUCUAUUGGGUUGACCCAACCAUCUUUAAGAACUACCCCAGGGCCACUCAGCCAAACUUCAGAAUCUGUGGAGAUGAGCUCAGUGUCAUUCCAAGACACUCUUGAGACAAUGCAUCAACUUGGAAAAGCAAUGGGGAAACUCCAGUAUCACAACACACAACAAAAGAAUCUCUGAAUUUGAUACCAGGAUCAGAGAUACAAAGUGUGAAAUCAGAAGUGUUGACCACAGAGCCACAGCCCCAUGAUAUGAAGUUUGUUCAUGGCAAUCUAGGGCCAUGCUCAGAAAUUACUGAGUUGUCAGAGACACCCCCCACCUCAGAACAUAAAGACACAGAAACUGUGGGGUUGGCAUUGCCUCAAGUUGGUAAGACCCGGGGAGUUAUCCCACUACCACUAGAUUCAGAAACAGGAGUUCUGGAGUUGACUCCAGGACCAGACAUGCAAUGUGAGAAAUCAGAGCCACUACUGCAAAAUUUGAAAUCUGCAGAGUUAACCAGUGAGUCAUCUCCAUUAGUGAUAGGAUCUAAAAAGUUAUUUACAGAACCAAAACCACAUGUUACAGACCUGACUCCAGGGCCACAGGUCCAGGGAGGAAAGUCUAUGCAGUUGGAUCUAGAGUCACAGUUGCAAGACGUGAAACAUGUGAAUUUAAUCCAACAGUCAACUACAAGAGUGGUAGAAUCAGAGAAGAUGAUACCGGAGCUACCGCUACAAAGUACGCCAUUGGAGGAUUUGACUAAGAGGGCAGAGCUCCAAGAUGUAAACUCUGUGGAUUUAAAUCUAGGCCCAUGUCAGCCAAGUGUCAAAUCUUCUGGAUUGACCCCAGGGCCACAGCCACAAAGUGUCAGAUUUUCAAAGGUAUUUCCAGGGCCACUUCUUCAAGGAGAAAAACCUGUAGAUUUACUCUCACAACCCCUACAUUAUGGUGCGAAAUCGGAUGAACUGACCUCAGAUUUUAUCCCAGACCUAACACCUCAAAGUGUCAAAUUUGUACAGUUGACUCCAGAACCACAACCUCAAGGUGUGAAAUUUGUGGAACUAAACCCAGGACUAGGCUUGCAAGAUGUCAAAUUUUCUGAUUUGAUCCCAGGGUCAAAGCACCAAGGUUUCAAACAUAUGCAGAUGACACCAGGAGCUCAGCCUGAAGAUGUAAAGUCUCUAGGUUUCAUAGCACAGUCAUCUUUGCAGUUAAGCCAAGGGCCACAUGUUGAAGACAUGAAAUCUGUUCUGUCUGCUGAAGGAUCACAGUUUCAAAGGAUGAAAUCUGCAAAACUGACCUCAGAACUACCACUUUAAAGUGUAAAAUCUGAGGAAGUAAACCUAGGGCCUUGGCAGCAAUAUCUCAAAUUUUCUGAAUUGACUUCAAGGCCAAAGCUGCAAGGUGUCACAUAUGGGGAUCAAACUCCAGGAUCGGUGUUUCACAGUGUGAAUUCUGUAGAGGUGGUUCCAGAGUUAGGGCUGCAAGAUUCCACAUUAGCAAAGAUGUCUCAAGGAACUCAAAGCAUCAAACAGGAAGGGCUUAACUCAGAGCUGCACCUACAAGAUGUCAAAAUUUUUGAUUUAGUACCAGGAACUCAACCUCAGGGUGUGAAAUCUUUAGAAUUAAACUCAGGGCCACAGCUACAAUGUGUACAAUUUUUAGAGUUGACCCCAGGGCCAAAGAUGCAAGGGGUACCACCUAUGGCAAUGGCUCCAGGGCCAGAGGGGCAAGGGAUUAAGCCUGAGUUAGUACCAGAGCCACUGUUUCAAGAUGUAAAAUAUGUAGUAGGCAAUCAAGUGCCAAGCCUUGAAGUUGAAGUUUCGAGUAAAUUACUCUCGGAGCCACAAAUGCCAGAUGCAGAAUCCAUGGACUUGACUCCGGGGCCACAGUUGCCCAGUGUAAAUCAUUCUGAGUUAACCAGAAAACCACAGUUACAAGAUAUGAUAUCUUCUGGAUUGAUACAAGGACCACAGUUCCAAGAUGUAAAUCCUGUGGAGGAGAGCCUAGUCUUAAAACUUCAAGGUUUCAAAUCUGAAAAGCUAACCCCAGAGCCACAGCUAGAAGAUAUGAAAUCUGUGGAAUUAAUCCCUGGGCCACAUUUGGGAGAUAUGAAAACUAGGCAGUUAACACCAGAGCCAGAAUUGGAAGAUGUCAAAUCUAUCAUGUUAACCCCAGAGCCACAGGCAGGAGGUAUAAAAUUGAGGAGGUAACACCAGGCUCAAAGCUCCAAUCUGAGUUGCUGACCUCACAGUCACAGUUAGAAGAUACAAAAUCUGUGACCUUAACUCCAGGACCAUGCCUGGAAGGGAUGAAAUCUAUGGAAAUAACUCCAAGUCCACAGCGGGAAGGUGGGAAAUCUGUGGCGAUAAGCUUACAGUCACAGAGAGAAGAUUUCAGAGCUGUGGAAUUCAUCCCUGAUUUGGAGCUUCAAGAUGUAAAAUCUGUGGAGUUGGUCCCAGAUACACAGCUGCACAAUAUGAAAGCUGUGAAAUUAAAAUUUGGGCUAAAGAUGGAAGGUGAGAAGCCUAUGGCUUUUGCACCAGAGCCAUUGCUUCAAGGGGUUAAAUCUACGGAGAUGCUUCAAAGGCCUCAGCUACAAAGCAUGAAACCUGAGGAACUGACUUCAGUCCCACAAAUGCAAGAUAUGAAAUUUGUGGAGAUUACUCCAUGUUUAAAGCUUCCAAGUUUAAAAUCUAUAAAGGAGACUCAAGAUCCACAUCUACAAUGUGUAAAAUCUGUAAAGUUUGCCCCAAGGCAGAAAAGACUGUUAGUAAAAUCUGUGAAUGUAACCAGAGGACAAGAGUUUGAAGAAGUAAAACCUGUGGAUUUAACCCUUGAGCCAGAACAGGAUGGUCAGAUAUCUGUAAACUCACUAGAGCAGCAAAGUGUGAAUUUUGAGCAAGUAAAGAGAGGGUCUGAGUCAGAAGGUAUAAUGUCUUUGGAGUUAAUUCCAGAGUCAAAAUCUGAAGGUAUAAAAUCUGUAGACCUCAAGUCUGACCUACAGUCAAAAGGUAUAAAAUCAUCUGAAUUGACUCCAGAACCAAAUAUUCAAGAUGUAAAAGCUGAAGAGUUCAAACAUGAACCACAGUUGCAAAGUCUGAAAUCUCCCAAGUUGACUCCAGGACCACAGUUGCACCAAGCGAAACCUUUGGGCUCAACUGCAAUGCCACAGCUUCAAAGUGUGAAAAUCAUAGAGUUAAACAAAGAGCCAGAGCUUGGAAGAAUAAAAUCUGUUCAGUGGAUAACAAGACCUGAGUUCCAAGGUGUAAAAUCUGUAGGAUUAAAUCUUGGGCCACAGUCUCGAAGUGUCAAAUCUGCAAAGUUGAAACUUUCCUUACAGUUGGGAGAUAUGAUAGCAUCUAAUUUGGUUCUAACAUCAAAACUUCAAGGUGCAAAACCUAUGGAGUUUAACCUUGGGGCACAGUUGCAGUGUGUAAAAGCCUCUGAGUUGUCUGCUGGACCACAACUACAAAAAGGAAAAAUUUUGGCAUCAGGCUCAGAGCCACAAGUUCAAGGUGUGAAGACUGUGGAGUUAAACCAAGACUCACAGCUUGGAAGUGUGAAAUCUGUGCAGUGGCUACCAGGACCUGAGUUCCAAGGUGUGAAACCUACAGGGUUAAAUCUUGGUUCACAAUCUCAAGUUGUCAAACCUGCAGAGUUGAAAUCUUCCAUAGAGUCAGGAUGUGUAAAGUCAUCUCAACUGCCUCUCGGGCCAAAACUUCAAAGUGCAACAUCUAUGGAGUUUAACCUUGGGUCACAGUUGCACUGUGUGAAAGCUCCUGAGUUUUCUCAAGGACCACAGCUGCAAAAAGGGAAAAUUCCAGCAUCAAGCUCAGAGCCACAACUUCAAGGUGUGAAAACUGUGGAGUUAAACCAAGACUCACGGCUUGGAAGUGCAAAAUCUGUACAGUGGAUACCAGGUCCUGAGUUCCAAGAUGUAAAAACUGGAGGGCUGAAUCUUGGUUCACAAUCUCGAGGUGUGAAACCUGCAGAGUUGAAAUCCUCCAUAGAGUCAGGAGGUGUAAAAUCAUCUGAAUUGAUUCUAGGGCCAAAAAUUCAAGGUGCAAAACCUGUGGAGUUUAACGGUUGCAAUUUGUGAAAACUCCUAAGUUGUCCCAAGGACCACAGUUGCCAAAAGGGAAAAUUCUGGCAUCAACCUCAGAGUCACAGCUUCAGGGGGUAAAAACUGUGGAGUUAAACCAAGACUCACAGCUUGGAAGUGUGAAAUCUGUGCAGUGGAUACCAGUACCUGAGUUCCAAGGUAUGAAAUCUAUGCUAAAAUGUGGUUCACAAUCUCAAGCUGUUACACCUAUAGAAUUGAAAACUUCAAUACAAUUAAGAGAUGUGAAGUCAUCUGAGUUGACUCCAAGGCCAAAGCUUUAUAAUGUACCACCUAUGACAUUCCAGGAACAUCAGGUGCCAGGGUUCAAAACUAUUGAUUUGAAAUCUGGGUUACAGUUGAGAAGUGUGAAAUCAUGUGGCCCAAUUUCAACAUCAAAGCUCUGUGAUAUAAAAUCUAUGGCAUUCAAACCUGGGCUUCAUUUGCAAGAUGUGAAAUCUUCUGAGUUGACCCCAAGACCACAGCUGCACAAAGUGAAACCCUUGCAGGCAUAUCCAAGAACACAGCAGCAAGAUGUGAAGUCCCUAGUGUUUACACAAAAGCCACAGUUUUCAGGGGUGAAAUCUGGAGUAUUAAGCCAAGAGCUACAAUUACAAAGUGAUAAAACUGUAGGGCUCAACUUCUUACUACACGAAAAGCACGAAAUCAUCCGAGUUGGCUCAGACAAAGCUUCCAGGUAUGAAAUCUGAGGAGUUUAGCUCUGGGCCACAGUGGCAAUGUGUCAAAUCUUUUAAGUUGAACCCUAAGACAAAGUCCCAAGAUAUGAAAUUUAUAGAGUUAAACCCCAGCUCACAGUUGAAAAAUAUCCCACAUUCUGAUUUGACCAUGAAGACCAAGAUUCAAGUUGUCAAAUCUACAGACUUCAAACCUGGGCCACAGUUGCAGAGUGAAAUCUUCUGAGUCGAUAUCAAAGACAAAUCUUCAAGAAGUGAAGUUAGUGUAAUCCAACUCAGGCCCACAGUUGCAAGAUUUGAAAUCUUCUAGGUUGAUCAUGGGUAUACAGCUUCCAGACAUUAAAUCUAUGGAUUUCAGUUCUGGACCACAUUGACAGAGUGUGAAAUCAUCUGAAAUCAUUGCAGGGGUGAAGCUUCAGGGUGUGAAACCUGUAGACUUCAAACCUAGUCCAAAGUUACAAAGUGAGAAAUCUGAUUUGACCCUGGGGAGAAAGUCUCCAGGUGUGAAAUCUGUAGAGCUGGAAUCAGGCCCACAGUUACAAGAUAUAAAAUCUUCCAAUCUGAUCAUGGGUAUAAAGCUUCAAGAUGUAAAAUCUGUGAAGCUCAGUUCUGGACAACACUUUCAAGAUAUAAAAUCUUCUGAGGUAACCUCAGGGACAAGGCUUCAAAGUAUGAAAUCAAUGUAUUUCAAUUCUGGACAACAGAUACAAGGUGAAAAAUCUUCUGAGUUGAUUCAAGGAACAAACUAUCAAGAUGUAAAAUCUGAAGAAUACAACCAUGGUCCAAAGUUACAAGGUGUGACAUCUUUUCAGUUAACCCCAGAGACAAAGCUUCAAGGUAGGGAAUCUGUGGAGUUCAACUCAGGCCCAGAGUGGCAAGAUAUGAAAUACUGUAACUCAAUCAAGGGGACAGAACUUCAAGACGUAAAAUCUAAGGAGUUCAGUUCUGAAUCACAAUUGCAAGGUAUGAAAUCUUCUGAUGAGAUCCCAGUGACAAAGCUUCAAAAAGUGAAAUCUGUGGGGCUCAUGCCUAGGCCAGUGCAGCAAGAUGUAAAAUCUUUUGAAUUGUCUCUAGGUACAAAGGUACAGGAUAGGACUUCGUUGAGGUUAAACUCAACCUCACAGUUACAAGAUAGAAAAUUAUUUAUGUCGACACCAGGGAUACAACAUCAAGGUGUGAAGUCUGUAGAAUUCAAUCCUGGGGCAAAGCUGCAAGAUAUGAAAUCUGGGUUGAUAAAGCUUCAGACAGUGAACUCUACAGAAGGCAACGAUGACCCAGAAUUGCAAGUUGCAGAACUCUCUAAGUUGGCCUCGGAAUCAAAGAUUCACAAUGUGGCACCUUCUGAGUUCAAUACUGAAAAGCAGCAGCAAGAUGAGAAAUCUCAUAAAUUGAAUCUAUGGCCAGACCUUCAAAGUGCUAAAUUUAUGGGGUUUGAUCCUGGGCCACAUUUGCAAUAUAGAAAACCUUCAGAAUUAUGUACAGGGACAAAGCUUCAAGAUGUAAAAUCUAUGAAAUUCAAUCUUCAGGAACAGUUGCAAGGUGUGAAAUCUGAGUGGCACUUUGGAACAAGGCUUCAAGGUAUACAAUCUUUAGAUUUCAACCCUGGGCCACAGUUGCAAGGAAUAAAAUCUGCCAAGUUUAAUCCUGGGCCUGAGCUUCAAGGUAUGAAAUCUAAGGUGUUCUGCCUUGGACCACAUUUGCAAGAUGUGAAUUCUUCUGCAUCCAUUCCAGAGCCACCACCUCAGUGUGCAAAUUCUAUUGGGUGCAACUGUGGGCCAUGUUUGCAAGGUGUAAAUUCUUCUGCAUCUAUUCCAGGCCCUAAACUUCAGUGUGUAAGUUCUAAUGGGUUCAACUCUGGGUCAAACUUGCAAGGUAUUAAUUAUUCUGCAUCCAUUCCAGAGCCACCACUUCAGGGUAUAAAUUCUAUUGAGUAUAAUUCUAGGCCAGAUCCACAAAGUGUGAAUUCUUCCACAUCCAUUCUAGGGCCCAAACUUCAGUGUGUUAAUCCUAAUGGGUGCAACCCUGGGUCAUAUUUGCAAGGUGUGAAUUCUUCUGCAUUCACUCCAGAGCCACCACUUCCGUGUGUAAAUUUUAAUGGGUGCAAUCCUGGGCUGCACUUGCAAGGUGUAAAUUCCUCUGCACCCAUUCCAGGGCCAAAACUUCAGGGUGCAAAUUCUAUUGGGUGCAGCCCAGGGCCACAUUUGCAAGGUGUGAAUUCUUCAUUAAUUCCACAGCCACAAGCUCAAUGUGUAAAUUCUAUUGGGUGCAACACAGAGCCAUAUUUACAAGGUAUGAAAUCUCCCAAGUUAACUUCAGUUUCAAAACUUCAAGGUAUGAAGUGUUCUGAAUUGAACCCAGGGACAGAAAUUCAAAGCAAGACAUCUUUGAUGUUCAACCUUAGACCACAUUUGCAAGAUUUAAAAUCUGAUUUGAUACCAGGGUCAAAGUUUCUACAUGUAGCACCUAUGGAAUACAACCCUGGGCCACAGGUGCAGUGUGCAAGUUCUUCUGAGCUGAAUCCAGGGCUAAAGUUACAAUGCAUAAAUUCUAUGGAGUGCAAACUUGAGCCACACUUGCAAGAUGUAAAAUCAGGGUCAAAAUUUCAAGUUAUGAAAUCUGAGUUGCAUCCAGGGCCAGAGCUUCAAAGUAUAAAAUCUGUUAUGUUCAGCUCUGUGCAACAUUUACAAGAUGUAAAAUGUGAACUGACUUCAGGGACAAAAUUUCAAGAUACAACACCAAAGGAGUUCAACGCUGGCCCACAGCUGCAAGGUAUGAAUUCUUCUGAGUUGAAUUCAGAGCCAGAAUUUCAAAGCAUAAAUUCUAUCAACUUAAAUCCAGGGCCACAGAUACGAGACAUGAAGCCCUCUGAAUUGAACCCUGGGUCAGAAUCUCAAGGUACAAAAUCUAUUCUGUUCAAUCCCAGACCACACUUGUAAGGUGUGAAAUCUUCUAAGUUAACUCCAGGGACUAAGUUUCAAGGAGUCCAAUUCUUGGGGAAGCACCUUGGCUCACAGCAAGCUGUGCAACCUGCAUUCACUUUGGGUCCUCAGAUAAAUGGUACAAAAUCUGAGGUAUUUUUACCAGAGCCACUGCUUAAAGAUGUAAAGUCUGUGGACACAAAUAAGCAGCCAUUGCUUCAUGAUGCAAAUACUGCAAAAAUGAUUUCAGCCUCUGAGCUGCCAGACUUAAAAUAUGAGGUAUUUACACUAGAGCCAUGUUUUCAAAAAGCAAAAUCUGUGGAGUUAAAACCAGAACCAUAUCCUCAAGGUAUAAAAUCUGUGGAGUUAAAAUCAGAACCAUAUCCUCAAGGUAUGAAAUCUGUGGAGUUAAAAUCAGAACCAUAUCCUCAAGGUAUGAAAUCUGUGGAGUUAAAAUCAGAACCAUAUCCUCAAGGUAUGAAUUCUGAGGAGUUGCAGUCACACCUCAGGCAGCAUAAUGUAAGAUCUAUGCUAUUUGUAUCAGAGCCACUUUCUCAAGAUGUGAAAUCUGUGAAGCCAACUCUAUGGCCACAACCUCAAAGUGUAAAUUCUUUGACAUCAAGCUUUAGGUCACAAUGCAUUAAAUCUGUGGUCUUUGCACCAACGCCAUGUUUUCAAUAUAUAAAACCUAUGGAGCUGACACCAGGGGCCCAACAGCAAGGUAUAAAUUAUCAGGAGUUGACUUCAGGAUGGCAAGAUAUGAAAUCAAUGGUGGUGGUACCAGAGCCAACUAGGAAGUUCUCAUCAGGACCAAUGUUGACUAGUGUCAGAUUUUCUAAUUUGUCUCCAGAAUCACAGCAUCAAGGCAUGAAAUCUUUGGAGUUUACUCUAGAGCCAAAGUUGCAAAGUGUAAAACAUGUGAAAUUGUCUUCGGUCUUCUCUAAGACCCGAGAAACAAGUACAUAAUAAAAAAAUUGUUUCUUAUUUUAA